CUAAGGUAAUCCUGCCUGCUCACUGCCAAUGGAGUUUCUAGGGACAACCAGGUUCCCCCCAGAAGAGAGCCUAUGGUCUAGGUAUCUCCCCCAGGCAGAUUCUCAAGCUCCCCCGAGUUACAUUUUCUCUGGAACUCUCCUAGGCCACACCCCCUGAUACAAUAUCUGGGUUUGGGCAGAAAGGAGGGUGCUGCAUGCCCCGCCCCUUCUGAGCUGUCUGGGCCCAGCUCCUCUUUCCAGAGCAAGUCAGGCUUCACAGCGACUCAGCUCCAACAUCUGCGUUCUGAAGCAAAAUGACCAGGAUGGACAGAAUGUUUCAUUGUGUAAGGAAACGAUGUUCCAGGUCAAGCUGAGUCUGCCAAACACAGACCUUCGUGAUGGUUCUAGAAGAAAUCUUGCCAAGUCUUAUGUGGUUUUUCUACGCCUUGAUUCCAUGUUUGCUCGUAGAUGGAGUCGCCAUUCUGCCUGCCCCUCAGAACCUCUCUGUACAGUCAACCAACAUGAAGCAUCUUUUGAUGUGGAACCCAGUGACUGUGCCUGGAGAAGUAAUCGACUAUUCUGUGGAGUACCAGGGAGAGUAUGAGACCCUGUACGUGAGCCACAUCUGGAUUCCCAGCAACUGUUGCUCACCCACCAAAGAUCCUGAGUGCGACAUCACUGAUGACAUCACUGCAACCGUGCCAUAUAACCUCCGCGUCAGGGCCACCCUGGGCUCACAGAGCUCAGCCUGGAGCACCCUGGAGUACCCCUUUAAUCGAAACUCAACUAUCCUAACUCCACCUGAAAUGGAAAUUACCAAGGAUGGCUUCCACCUGGUUAUUAACCUGGAAGAUCUGGGGCCCCAGUUUGAGUUCCUCGUUGCCUACUGGAAAAGGGAACCUGGUGCCAAGUCAUUCUCUCUGGCAUGUUUAGGGGCAGCAGACACCAGUGUGUUCCAGAUCAACUGCAUGAUUUCAAAAGCGUAUGAAGCUGGCACAAGCCUUUCGAGGGAACAUGUCAAAAUGGUGAGGAGCGGGGGUAUUCCAGUGCACUUGGAAACCAUGGAACCGGGGGCUACUUACUGUAUAAAGGCCCAGACAUUCGUGAAGGCCAUUGGGAGGCAGAGUGCCUUCAGCCAGGCAGAAUGUGUCAAGGUGCAAGAUGCUCCCACUUGGUACUUCCUGAUCCAUUUACUUAGUAGAAUGACCACAGGCUUUGGAGCCAGCCCUACCUGUGUGACAGGGGGAGAGACCCUCCCCCUGGUGCUGGCCCUGUUUAUGUUUGUUGGUUUCAUGCUGAUCCUGGUGGUGGUGCCACUGUUUAUCUGGAAGAUGGGCCGGCUGCUCCAGUCCUCCUGUUGCCCUGUGGUGGUGCUUCCUGACACCUUGAAAAUCACCGAUUCACCCCAGAAGUUAAUCAGCUGCCAAAGGGAAGAGGUGGCAGCCUGUGCCAUGACUGUGCUGUCUUCUGAAACUCUUCAGGGCCUGGAUCUAGCAGUCUUGGAGAAGCGCCCAGCUGAAGCUGAGGAACCUGGUCUGCAUGACAUAGGAGUCAUGACGGGAAAGGCUGUGUUUCUGUUUUCUUCCAUGGACAAAGGACAGGAGAAGUCAGAAGAGCCUGCUAUGUCCAUGUGUAGAAGCAACUGUCAGAGGCAGAGUUGUCUGGCAGACAGAGCACUGAUGGGGUCAGGAGAUGUGUCUCUAGAACUGAAUCUAUCUGCAUCUACUAGCUGAAUCACCCUCGGGAAAGUGAUUUCAUCUCUCUGGCCCUCAGUUUUCUCAUCCAUAAAAUGGGUGGAUUAACUAUGCAACUGUUAUACCAUAUAUAUAUCUCCAGCACUGGCAG